CUAUCAAGGAGGGACAUAAAACCUGUCUGAUGGUUUACAUGGCACAACCCCAUGAUCUUUAAUGGCACCUAGAUUUUCAUUUCAACCUACUUGUAGCCAGCUCUGCAAAAUGUUUAAUUUUUUCAUCCUAAUGCUACACAUUUCAAAGUGCAGCUCAGAUAAUGCAGACAUUGUGGCUCAGAAUCAUCUUAAGAUUGUUCAAGCUGGAGACAGUGUUAACUUCACCUGUAUUUUUGAAAGAGAUAUAAGAACCAGCAUUGUUUGGGUCAGGCAAAGAGUUGGAGAGAAACCCCUUCCGAUUGUUUCAUCAUAUCAAGCUUUAGAUGUCAGAUUUGAAAAUGAUUUUGACAAAACUAACCGCUUUUUUGUAACAAAAGAUUAUAACAGUUUUAAUUUGAGCAUCACAAGCACAGAAGAAUCGGACACUGCAUCAUUCUAUUGUGUUAAAUAUUCAUUUAAUUUCGAAUUUGAGGAAGGCACUGAUCUCAUUGUUAAGGGCAGACAACAGAACAUGCAGUCUGACCAUAAGAGAGCUGUAACUGAUCCAGAAGACUCUGCAGUGGCGCUGCAGUGCACCAUCCUCACUCAGAGAUGUGCAGAAGAACACAAUGUCUACUGGUUCAGACAUGAAUCUGAAGAAUCUCCUCCAGGAAUUAUAUUCACUCAGGAGCGCAGGAACACUCAAUGUGAGAGGAGCUCUGAUGUGAACUCUACUGCACACAAAUGUAUCUACAACCUGCCCAAGAGGAACCUCAAUCACUCUGAUGCUGGGAUUUACUACUGCGCUGUGGCCGCAUGUGGAGAGAUACUGUUUGGAGAUGCAAGAAAACUUGAUUUACCAGACAAAUGCUUCCAGACGCAUUGGAUUACAGCUGCAUUGAUUAUAGUAACUUUAUUUGUGAUCAUGAUUAUUAUCAUGGGUGCACAGUUGUACAAGUACCGGCAAAAAGAUGGGAUGCAUAACACUCAGCCUGGUCACCUGAUGGCUGAUGGUACAGAUGAUUUGAAUUAUGCAGCUUUGAGCAUUCAACAAAAGCCCUCCACAUCUAGAAGACCCAGAGAAAGAAACUUGCAAGAUAAUUCAAUUUAUACACAUGUGAGAUAUCAGUAAAGUUUACUUAACUUGAAAAGUAAUUCAGAGGUUUCUAUUUAGAAGCCAAACAAUUUAGAAGUUGUGAACAAUGAUGAAUGUUUAAUUAAAUUCUAUUCAACUAAGCUAGCCUUACUUAUUAUCGUUUGAUGAAUCUGACCAUAAAUGUGCAUUAAUUUGACCAUAAAUGUGCAUCAAAUAUUGUAUUCAGCUGAAAUCUGUUUUCAUUUGUUUUUAACCCAAAAUGUAUUAUUUCUACAGUUUUUCCAACCGACAAUCGUGUUAGUGAAUGCAGUGUUUGGUUUUCCUUAGUGUACCAUUAAGAAGUA